AUGGGAGAAGAUGGUACAAUGAAGUGUCCUUGUAAACGUUGUAGGAAUUUGAAUUGGUUAAGUAUCGAUGAUGUUAGAUUCCAUUUACUUGCUAAGGGGAUGCUUGAGGGUUAUACCGUUUGGACAUCACAUGGUGAAGAAAGAGGAAGAAAACGUAGUCGAACAUCGUAUAAUCGUUAUUGUGUUCGGGAACCUACGAGGGUAGAACAACCGGUAGAUUUGAAUGCGAUGCUACAUGAUUUUGCCGGUGAAAAUUCCGAAUUUUAUAACAACGUGGAUACGGGAACUAGGAAUGUAGAAGAAGUUCCAAAUGAUAGUGCAAGAAAAUUGUAUGAGGUGAUUGUUGAAAAUGGAGCACCUAUUUAUCCCGGUAAUACGAAGUAUACAAGAUUAAGCUUUACCACAAAAUUGUUAGAAUUCAAGAAUAUCUCACAUUGUAGUAAUAAGGCUUUUGAUAGUUUGCUUACACUUUUUGCGGAUGUAUUACCAAAAAAACACACGUUGCCCCAAACUUAUUAUGAAAUGAAGAAGAUAAUGAAGGGUUUGAGGGUUGAAUAUCAAAAGAUUGAUUUAUGUGAGAAUGAUUGUAUGUUAUUUUAUGGAGAUGACAAGGAUAAAGUUGUGUGUGAUAUAUGUGGUCAAGAUCGUUAUCGGGAUGUUUUGAGGAAAGAUGGUAAAAAAAUACCAAAAAAAAUAUUGAGACAUUUUCCUUUGAUUCCUCGACUACAACGCUUGUAUAUGUCAAAACAUACAUCCGACCAUAUGAGAUGGUACAAGAAUCGAGAUGUCAAAGAGGGAGAAAUUAGUCAUCCCGCGGACGGAGAAGAGUGGAAAAAUUUUGAUCGUCGAUAUCCAUCAUUUGCUCAAGAAAUUCGUAAUAUAAGGCUUGGCCUUGCAACCGACGGUUUCAACCCAUUUGGCCCUACCGGGAAAAAGACAUAUAGUGUGUGGCCCAUAGUAGUAGUUGUCUACAAUCUUCCGCCAUCAAUGUGUAUGAAAAAACCCUAUAUGUUUAUGACCGAUAUAGUGCCGGGUCCGAAUAGCAUUGGCAAAGAUAUUAACGUUUGUCUAAGGCCUCUCAUUGAUGAAUUGAAGAUAUUGUGGAAUACAGGAAUUGAAACAUAUGAUCAAUCUUUGAAACAAAAUUUUACAAUGAGAGCGGCUCUUAUGUGGACAAUUAGUGAUUAUCCCGCUAUGAGUAUGAUAAGUGGAUGGUCGGGUAAAGGAAAAUUAGGAUGUCAAGUGUGUCUUGGAAGUGUGCAAGGGUUUCAAUUAAAACAUUGUGGUAAAUGUAGUUUCUAUGGCACGAACCGAAUAUUCCUUGAACCGAAUGAUCCACUACGUCAGAAAAGUAAUUUGUUUGAUAAUGCGGAAAGAAGAGUGUUUCGUGGUCGUUUGUCCGGGGAGGGUGUAAAGGAGUUGCUUGACGGUUUAGUUUUUCCACCACCUGGAAAGACUAAUACAAAGGCGAGGAGUAUCGGAUAUGGGGAAGAGCAUCAUUGGACUCAUGUUCCAAUUUUUUAUGAACUCCCUUAUUGGUCUUCACAUAGUUUACGAUAUUCAAUUGAUAUCAUGCAUACGGAAAAAAAUGUUUUUGAGAACCUAUUUUUUACUAUUGUGAAUGCGAAGAAGUCAAAGGAUCACAAAAAAGCAAGAGCGGAUUGCAAGCACUUUGGUGUGUUACCUCAUUUGUGGAUCGAUGAAAAUGGCAAGUCACCCAAAGCACCUUUUUCCAUUACAAGAAAACAACGUAAACUUUUGUGUGAAUGGAUUAGUUCACUGAAACUUCCAGACGGUUAUUCCUCAAAUAUAUCUCGUUGUUGUAAUGUUGAGGAGUGUACAUUUUAUGGAUUCAAAUCGCAUGAUUGUCAUAUAUUUCUUCAAAAAUUAUUGCCUCUUGCAAUUCGUGAGCUUUUACCGGCGCCUAUUGCGGAUGCCAUCACGGCAAUUGCAAAUUUUUUUCAAGAUUUGUGCUCAUCCACGGUUACAAAAACCGAUUUGGAAAUAAUGGAAAAAUCAGUUGUGAAGGCAUUGUGUUUGUUGGAAACAAUUUUUCCUCAAAGUUGGUUUGAUUCGAUGGAACACUUGGUUGUGCAUUUGGCGGAAGAAAUUAGACUUGCUGGACCUGCUUACUGGCAUUGGAUGUAUCCAAUUGAGCGUUUAUUGGGGAAACUAAAACAAAAAGUCGGCAAUAAAGCAAGAGUUGAGGGUUCUAUUGCCGAACGAUAUAUGGAGGAGGAGAUUGUCAAUAUUUGUGCUUUUUACUUUGCAUCCGACUCGAUUCACAAUAAAUUAAGUCGUAACGAAGUUUUGUUUGAUGUACAAAAGACCGACAAAUUAGAAGUUUUUAAAUAUCCAUGUGAUUCUCUUGGAAAAGAACGAAGUCGAUAUUUGAAUGAUGAUGAGCAAUUAUUAGCUGAUGAAUAUGUUCUUCUAAACUCUCCUGAAGUUCAACCUUAUCUAAGGAGGUACCAAGAUCGAGUUAUGAGACAACGUCCUGAGACAACACCACAACAAUUAGAUCAUAUUGUGAAAACUCGAUUCAAAGCUUGGUUUAAGAAAAAGGUUGAGAAAGACGAGAUAGACGGACCUCGUUUCAUGGACUUGCUAGAAGGACCGGCAUUAAAGGUCAUGACUUUUGAAACUUGUCAAGUUAAUGGAUAUAAAUUUUCAACAUCAUCCGCAUCCGGUUCCGGUGUUGUAGUUAAGGGAACUUUGCACGAAAAUAAUCUUGAUUAUUAUGAAGAGGAAGAUGAUAAUGAAGAUGAUGAAGAUGAUGAUGAAGAUGAUGACGGUUUUGAUGACUUUCAAUGA